AUGGACUCCGUUAUUACUCCUGAACCUCAUUAUAUGCCGGGCUAUACUGGCCAUUGUCCCCAAUAUCGUUUUCGGCAAGGUAAAACCUUUGCGAAAUUAAGUCAUCAGCUGCUGUUGGAUCCAUGUGCAAAACAUGCACCCGAAUUGAUAUUAUCGACUCAGACAAAGCCCAAAGAAGUCACACAAGAACCCUCAGCAAAUGAAAUAGAAGUAUUAAAAAAUCGUUCAACAUUUCUUGAUUCGAUUUAUAAACCACCCAUAAUACCCGGAUAUGAGGGGUUUAUACCAAAUCUACAAAAUAAAACGGGUCAGCGUUAUUUAAUAGCUGCCACAAAGGCCAUUGCUGAACAUGAACACCUUGCAGAACGUUUGCGUUGUGAAAGACGUUCUCUCGAGCAUUGUGAUCUGCUGGAAAGCGGUAAUGGUUUGUUCGAGGCGAAAUUAAGGGAAAGAAUGAUGCCCAUAACAAAAUAUCGAGCCCCCUUGGUCCCUGUACUACAAAAAGGUCAAGCUGUUAAUAUGGCGGAUUGCAAGGAUUUGAAAAUAGACAAAUUGCAAUAUUCUAAGUUUACUGUGCCGCAUUUUAUGGAAGAUGGCGAUGAAGAGAAAUAUAUUAUUAAUGGUUACGCCGGUCACAUACCAAUGACAAUGACACAUUAUGGCCAAAGCAACAAACGUCUGACCAACAGUGCCCUCUGUGAGUUUACAAAUAAUUAUCAUCACCGACAGAGUGCCGAAUGGUGUCCCAUGGAGUUGACGGGCAUUGCCAACGCCUGUCCCAAUGCGGGACAAUUUGUCAUCUAUCAUCGGACAAUUGGAAUGAUACCCAAAUAUGCCGGGCAUGUGCCAGGUGAGGCUUAUGCUGUCGGUCGGACAUAUGGUAAUGCAACAGUUAAUGCUAAGUCUUGGUUGGAAUUGCACAAGGAUUGAUGGAAGCGAGUGCGUGUGUG